CCUCCUCUGAGCUUCCUUACUUGUUCUGGUCAUGUGCUUUUGUUUACUCGGGAACCCCGUGUGCUACGGCAGCAGUUAGCAAACUUAGCAAGCAAGCCGCGAAAGUAUUUAACUUUGCCUUUUUUUUUCUCCGUGAGCACGCGGGGGGCUUUAAAAUGGCGCCGAGCUAACGACUGACGUGCUAGCUCUAUGUAAGCUCCAUCCAUUCCAUCUUGACGUUAGAUGUGUCUUUAGGCUGAAUUCCAGACAUUAUGAGGUCCUUGAAUUACGUACAACGUGUCAGUUUGGACUUUACGGGAACGCUCUUUCCUCACGCUAUUUGCUUGGGUGACGCUGACAACGACACGGAGAACUUCGACAGGACCGGUCAGACUGUUAGAUCAGGACAAAAUGCAGUUCCAACAAUAUUUGACUUUCCUGAUCAUCUUCUAAAGUUUAAUGAGCUGGUGGUGGGCGACACCGGCGGAAAGCUGCACGUGUACAAGAAUGACGACUCCAAGGCGUGGAUCACAAGGAGCUGCGUGGGCAUGCUGACGUGCGUGGCAGUCGGAGACGUGUGCAACAAGGGGAAGAACUUUGUGGUGGCCGUGGGCGCGGAGGGCUGGUUCCACCUCUUUGACCUGACCGCCAGCAAAGCGGAUUCGUCCAGUCAGCACGACGCUCUCUCCGCGGACGAGCAGAAGCCCUGCUUCACGCAGCACAUCCCGGCCAACACCAAAGUCAUCCUCAUCAGCGACAUCGACGGCGACGGCCGCAGCGAGCUGGUGGUGGGCUACACCGACCGGGUGGUGCGGGCGUUCCGAUGGGAGGAGCCCUCGGAUGGUUCUGACGUGGGGUCCGGUCAGCUGGUCCUUCUGAAGAAAUGGCUUCUGGAGGGACAGGUGGACAGCCUCUCCGUGAACCCAGGUCCCGAGGGCCUGCCGGAGUUGAUGGUGUCCCAGCCGGGCUGCGGCUACGCCAUCCUGCAGUGCUCCUGGACGCAACAAGACUCCCCCCACAGCGGCGGCGGCGACGAGGAUGACGCGCCGGCCACGCCCGGGAGUGAGGGGCCUUCCCGAGAUGUAGUUCUCCAUCUGACCACCGGGCGGAUCCACAACAAGAACGUGUCAACGCACCUCAUCGGAAGCAUCAGCAAAGGCUCCAAGGAGGAGUCUUCCAAAUGUGGCCUCUUUGCGCUCUGCACUUUGGAUGGAACCCUGAAGCUGAUGGACAGCUCUGAGCAGCUGCUGUGGUCGGUGCAGGUGGAUCAUCAACUCUUCGCCCUGCAGAAGCUGGACGUCACGCGGGACGGCCGGGAGGAGGUGGUGGCGUGCGCCUGGGACGGCCAGACCUACAUCAUCGACCACAACCGCACCGUGGUGCGCUUCCAGUUUGACGAGAACGUCAACGCCUUCUGUGCGGGUCAGUACACGUGCAAGGAGGGCAAGAACAGCCCGUGUCUGGUCUACGUCAGCUUCAACCACAAGAUCUACAUCUACUGGAAGGUGGAGCUGGAGCGCAUGGAGUCCACCAGCCUGCUGCGCGUGCUGGACCAGAGGCCAGAGUUCAAAGGUCACCUGCAGACGCUGGGAAUGGGUGUCAUCUCGCUAACAGGAUGUGGCAAAGGAGGAGGCGGGGGGGGGGGUUCCUCUUCGCGAGCACGAAGAAGCAACACCUGACAGCCUGAAUGGAAAAAGUGCAGCACAUCCUGACACGAUUUGGUAACACGGAAGGCCGCACUUGGAGGUUUUUAGUCAUCACGUUGAGCUCAUCUCUGGCCUCCUGCCUCGUGACGUCCGCUGGUGCACAGAUAAGACACACUGAAGACACGGCUUUAGCCAGAAUACAUAUCUUUUAUUUAGUAGACAGAAAAUACUGCUCAGAGAAAGAGAAACAGCAAAAAAAGGACAAACUAGACCUCUGUGUUGAUGAUGCUGGCAGGGAAAGUAGCGGCCAAAUGGACCAAAAACAAAAAACAAUACUAAUCAGAUGUUCUACAAAAGCACAGAUGUGACACGGCAGCUUAAGAAAAGUCAUUUCACGCUAAAAUUCAUUUCUAAGAGGAGAAUCACUUCUCUUGUAAUGCCACUUUGCACCACAGGAGGCACCAGAGGGUCUUCAAUUGGUGGCGGCCAUUGUUUUUCCACAGGCGAGCAAAUCUGUUUGUUUGUGCCGAAAUUCAAUCAGUGAAAUACGACGGAGUAUUAUUACAUUGGAAAAAAAUACAUACAAAUCUGAGAUUUACUGACAUUUCUCAAUAAAUCUCCAUAAAUUUACUUUUAAUUUAAUUUUAAUUAGCAAUAUUCCCAGAAUAAGGUUGUGAAUUUACAAGCAUAAUGUCGCAAAUUUAUGACAAAAAGUCGUACAUUUAUGAGAAUAAAGUCGUAAAUUUAAGAGAAAAAAGUUAAUACAUUUACGAAAAAAAGUCAUACAUUUAUACGAGACAAACUCGUUAAUAUUAUGAGAAUAAAUUCGUAAAUUUAGAAGAAUAAAGUCGGAAAUUUACGAGAAAAAAAUCUGUACAUUUUUUAGAACAAAGGCUUAAAUUUAAGAGAAUAAAGUCGGAAAUUCACAAGAAAGUCACACAUUUACGACACAAAAUUUGUACAUUUUGAGGAAAAAAAGUUGUAAUAUUACGAGAAAAAAGUCACACAUUUAUGAGACAAAAACUCGUAAUAUUACGAGAAUAAAGCCGUAAAUUUACAAGAAUAGUUGUCAAUUCACGAGAAAGUAUUUGGGAUAUUACAAGAAUAAAGUCGUACAUUUACGAGAAUAAAGUUGUAAAUAUAUGAGAAUAAAGUUGUAAAUUUAGAAGAAUAAAAUCGUAAAUUUACAAGAAAAAAGUUGUAAAUUUAGAAGAAUAAAGUCGAAAAUUCAUGAGAAAAAAAGUUAUAAAUUUACAAGAAAAAGGUCAUAAAUUUUAGGACACAAAAACUAAAUUUACAAGAAUAGUUGUCAAUUCACAAGAAAAAAGCAAGAACAAGAAAAUAUUUGUAAUAUUACGAGAAUAAAGUCGUACAUUUAUGAGAAAAAAAUAGUACAUUUACGAGAAAAAAUGUCAUAAAUUUAGGAGAAUAAAGUCAUACAUUUACGAGAAAAAGUCGUAACUUUUUGAGACAACAAACUUGCAAUAUUACAAGAAUAAGGUCGUAAAUUUAUAAGAAUAAAAUCGUACAUUUACAAGAAACUAUAAUUACGAGAAUAAAGUUGUACAUUUAUAAAGUCAUAAAUUCAGGAGAAAAAAAGUUGUAAAUGUAGAAGAAUAAAGUCAUACAUUUCUGGGAAAAAAGCCCUGAAUUUAGGAGAAUAAAGUUGUACAUUUACGAGAAAAACGUUGUACAUUUAGGACACAAAAACUUGUAAUAUUAUGAGAAUAAAGUCGUAAAUUUACAAGAAUAGCUGUCAAUUCACGAGAAAAAAGUCGUACAUUUCCGAGAAAAUAUUCAUAAUAUUGCGAGAAUAAAGUCGUCAAUAUAUGAGCAAAAGAAAAAAAUGGAAAAUUCAGGAGAAAAAAAGUUGAAAAUUCACAAGUAAAAAACAAAAGUCGUAAAUUUACGAGAAAAACGUCAUAAAUUUAGGACACACAAAAAAGAGAAUUAAGUUGUAAAUUUACGAGAAUAAGGUCAUACAUUUUCGGGGAAAAAAGUCAUAAAUUUAUGAGAACAAAGUUAAAAUAUUAGGACAAUAAAGUCCAAAUUUACAAGACAAAAAGUCCAAAUAUUCCGAGAAUGAAGUGUUGCUAUGAGGUGUGAUGGUGUCGUACGUUUGAGAGGGAAAAUAGAGCACAGCUCUUCCUCCUGCUUCAGGCUAGCUUUUAUUUAUGACGUGGCAGCAAAACAGAGCAGUUGAGCAUUUAGCAUUUAGAUUAGCAUGGCUAGCCCUUCUCACUUCCGCCUUCCUUACCCCGCCCCCUCCACAUGCACAAGGCCAAGGCUCACAUAUACAGUAGUUACUAUUUGCUUUCUUGUAAAGUAGGACUUUAUUCUCGUAAUAUUACGAGUUUUGAGACCGCUACGAAACGGGGGGACUUUUGUGACCUUUAGGCUUGAGCUAAGGUAAUAUUACCGCUCUUUGUCUCGUAAAUUUCCGAUUUUAUUUUCAAUAUGGCCCAAAUACUCCGUCGUGCAUUAAAUAUGUUUUUUUUUUAAUCACAUUUUUUUUAAUCAAGAAUGUUUGUGCACUUGGUUAAAACAAAACUCGAACUAAUGAAAAAGUUGUGUGACGUAUAAAUUGGUCAAGCAUUAAACAUGAAUUAGUUUCACAUCCUAUUUCCGAUUCACGAUUUAGGGAAAUAUCACAGGAAACUGGAUGAAUGAUUUUACUUCAGUGUAAUAUAUUUCCACUUGUAAUACAAGUAUAUGUAUGUGAAAAUCAUACCUUUUUGCUUUAUUUAUUUAAUGUUGGCACACGUAGAUAGAUGGUAAUGAUGACCUCAAAAUAUCAUUUGUUAAAGGAUUUUUGGAUUUUUUUAGUUCAAAUAAAACGUGAAAUAAUUGAAAAAGUUGUGUAGUAUAUACUGUGAAUUGGUUGUGCAUUAAAUAUAAAUAAGUUUAACAUCAUAUUUGCCAUUCACUAUUUAGGAAAAGUGAGCAGGAAAUUAGAAUUAUUUCACUUUUUUGAUUCAAAUAUAGAAUUUUAAUAAAUAUUUUAAUUACCAAUUUAUUUUGCUUUAUUUAUUAAAUGUUGGCACACAGAUGUAUUAUUUAUUGAUUAAUAAAUAGUAUGAUUUAUGUAUUAAUCAUUUUGUACACGCUACCCUCAUUGGCAACACACAACAAAAAUCAGCUGCAGAAAUGUCCUUCAACCCAAAUUUUUAAAAAUCAUUUCAGCCGUUUGAAAGUUCCUCCCGCUGUGCUGCCCCCUGUUGGCGUGAUGUGGUCAUUACAUGGACAUCUGGUUGGCAGGAAGCGCCCGUGCCCACGAGGAAAGGCAGGUGGCGUCCACGAUUAAACCGGCAAAUGUAGGCGAUAAAUUCACAAAGUAUUUCGUCUCGCCAGGGAAAAAAAAAAGAAAGAAGCAAAGCUUGAAGAUUUGAGAUAGAAAGGCGGCGCGGGAAGGCAGCUUGGACACACACACACACACGCACACGCACACACACACACACGCGCGCACACACUGCCACACUCUCCCGAGGUUCAGGCUGUCAGACGAGUACACAAACAUGCAGACUUACUCCACAAAGUCAUGCACAUGGAAUGUUGUCAUGUUUCAAAUGUCUGACUGGCUGUUUAUCUUGGGGGGGGGGGGAUGUCUGACGAGGACACCGUCGCCCUCUCGAUGGCUAAAAAGUGGGCGCUAAGGAGCCGCUAAUUGCGUUUUCAAAUUCGUGAGUGGUUGUUUGUGGAGGAGGUAGAAAGAGGGGACGCAUGAACCUGUGUGCUAACUCCAUUCAGGAAAUGAAGGGUGUUAGCUUAGCGUAGCCUAAGGCUAGCUAGGCUUCUGCAAGGAUGCUCAAGGAAACUCCGGCCUCAUCUUGUUUGAAACGGACGUUCUGGUCCAAUCAGACUCUUUGACACAUACGUAAACGUGACAGCAGCAGUGCUAAAUGCUCACUGGGGUUCUGGAAUGCAUCCACGUGUUUGCCGGGCCAGGGGGGGUGCUCACAGGUUCUGGUUGUGUUUUUUGGACGGGGAGUCGUCAGCAAGGCUCAGGAAGGGCAGCUCCUCACCGCCGCCGUCGCCCCCGAGCUUCAGAACCCGGCUGUUCAGGUCCAAGCAGCACUGAGCAAAGGGCAGGAAGUGGCUUAGUUUUUGAAAAGCAUCCAUUGCGGAACACAGCAGGAAGCACAUUUGUCCUUGUUUGCUUACUUGGAGUUGCAGCAGAGUUUGCAGACCCAGGCUCAGCUCGAAUGUCUCGUCAUCUGAGAGAGAGGAAAAGAAAGACAGUGCACUUCAUUUUUAGCAUUUUUUUACUUUAGUCUCAGAAUGUUUCCCUUUUUUUCCUCUUAGCCACAUAAGAUUUAGUUCUGGGAAAUGUGCAGUUAUUCUCAUGAUAUUCUUUCAUUAUUGAAAAUGUACUCGAUCUCAGAAUAUUUAUAAUAUAGAUUUUGCAUGUUAUUCUUGUAAAGUGCAACAUUAUUUUCCUAACAUUUACUUUAUUUACUUUAUUCUUAGAACUAUUUUUUUAGUACUUUUUCACCUUCACCAUGAAUUUGCAGUAAUUCUCAUAAUAUUUCUAAUUUAGAUUUUUUAUAUAUUUUUAUUGCCCCUCACAAAAAAAUGUUAUGUUCUUGUUCUUGUUCUGUUCUUUGUAUUCUUCGUUCAUGAAAUUUAUUUGAUUUUAUUUAUUUUUAUUCCAUCCUUCCAUUUUCUUCCGCUUAUCCGGGUCCAGGUCGCGGGGGCAGCAGUCUCAGUAGGGAAGUCCAGACUCCCCGUCCACCUCCUGCAGCUCCACGGGGAGGACACCAAGGCGUUCCCAGGCCAGCUGUGAGACAUGAUCCCUCCAGCGUGCCGUAGGUCUGCCCUGAGGUCUCCUCCCGGCUGGGCAUUCCCAGAACACCUCACCAGGAGGUGUCCAGGAGGCAUCCUAGAUGCCCGAACCACCUCAACUGGCUCUCCUCGAUGUGAAGGAGCAGCAACUCUCUCACGGAUGAUCAAGCUCCUGAGCCCAUCUCUUAGGGUGAGUCCAGCCAGCCGACGGAAGAAACUCAUUUCAGCCGCUUGUAUCUCGUUCUUUCGGUCGCGACCCAAAGCUCAAUCUCAUGUUCUCUCUUCACCACGACGGUCCGGUACAGCGACCGCAUUACCGCAGACGCUGCGCCGAUCCGCCUGUCGACCUCACGCUCCAACCUUCCCUCACUCGAGAACAAGACCCCGAGAUACUUGAACUCCUCCCCCUGAGGCAUGACCUCAUUCCCAACCCUGGGGGAGCAAUCCACCCUUUUCCGGCUGAGAACCACGGCCUCGGUUUCGGGGGUGCGGAGUCUCAUCCCAGAAGCUUCACACUCAGAUGCAAACCGUCCCAGUAAACGCUGAAGGCCACAGCCCGAUGAGGCCAUCAGGACCACAUCGUCUGCGAGUGGCAGAGACCAGAUCCUAAGGCCCCCGAACUGGACUCCCUCGACGCCUCGGCUGUGCAUAAAAAUUCUGACCAUAAAAAUUCUGACCAGAAUUGAGGAGGCCAACGUUCCCAGGGAACAGGCUGGACUUACUGCUGGCAAUGCGGACCAGGCUUCUGCUGGCACGUAGUAGCAUGCCAGCCAACACCCCCCACAACAACACAACGCUCCAGAGUUCUGGAGACGAGGGUCCGGCCGUAGACAAAAUGAAUUUGAAGUCACGUUUCGGAGCAUAAAGUUCUUGUUAUUCCCCAUCUUUUACCAUAAUGCAUGCAAAAAGGGAGCAAGUAAAAGAGUUGGUGCUUAUUUUCUAGCUGAGUGUUCCUACCUUGGACCAAAGCGGAGCAUUGGAGCGUCGUGGUGCCCAGUUGGAGCUUCACAUCUCUGACGGAGCUGCCGGAGUCUGGACUGGGGGGCAGGCUGAGUGGGGGGCAGGUAGGGAAACAUCAGUGAUGAAAUCACAUAUUAAAUACAACGUAUGUCACGUAUGUCAGCUUUAACAUCGUAAAGGGCAACCUUUCCACCCCACAUAUUCACUUUAGUGUGUUAUUUCUAAGAAAGAAAUGUGGCUUUAUUCAUUUCUUUCCAUCUACAUUACUGCCACCUAAAGGCCUGGAGUGGAAUAGCAUCUAAUAACUCAAACGAUGUGGGCAUAAAAAUGUUGUCAUUGCCAGUAUGCUUCUUAGCUUUUUUCCACGGUAGAAGGUCAAGGAGGCGUGUUGUUGUGUGUUCUUACCCCAGCCUGUGGCAGCAGGAAGCAGAGAUGUGGUUGUGCGGGCUGCUGGUGUUUAACGACGCCUUCACUUCCGUCCCGCAGCACUGCAGGAGGGCAUUUGGGCGUCAGCACGUUGUUCAGGGGAUGCAAAGGUGACAUUUGUGUCGAGCUCGGUGCCUUCUGGAGUUAACGUUUGACGCGCGGGGACGUGACGGAUGUUUCCGUCAUAUCUGCUGACUCGUUUGUGCUGCAACGUCAGCUAUUAACCAGGAAGCCGACUGAUUUGUUUUAAGAUGUGUAGCGAAGCCUGCUUUUUAUUUGAUUUCAUUUCAUUUUUACAAAGCGUUCCUCCAUCAUAGAUUUCUCAUUCAAGUAUGUCCGGGUUUUAGAAAUACAUUCUCCUUCUGGGAGUCAAGGAUAGCAGCGUUGUUUUCACGGCCCCGCAGGCAGCAGCUUAUCAGCGACACCACAAACGCUUGCUUUUGUCUCCAGCACGCCCGCCGCUGCGCUAAAGUCCCCCCACUCGCUCUCUCGCUCGCUGUCUCUCCUCUGUCUUUUCUGUUCUCUGGCUGGAGUUUAAAAAUAGCUGCUGGGUGAGGAACCGCGCAGGACCACUUUGCAUUAGAAGACUUGACGGUCGAAGCAAGCCAAGUGCAAAAAGGGGAAACGCGAAGCGUAGCAGAAAAGUUAGCAUAGCUGACUUAUUAAGGGAGCUAAUGGGCGGACAUUGUCUCCGGGGUUAGUCAUGUUGUUGUGUUGCUGCUGAGUCACAUUGAAAAUGGCAACCAGAGUAACAAAAAGAACGUGUUUUAGUGUUUCCUCCUAAGAGCCAACAAUACAUUUGGAAGCCUUUACGGCAAACAAAAACACGACAGAUGAAUAAAAACUGUCAUUAGUCGCACUUAUUGUUCUUUCCAAGCACGAGACGUCAUCUUUAAGAUGCUCAAAGCACAUCCGUGAUAGGACUACUGCAAGUGAACUUUCCUUUUAAUGUCACAAACAAGACGGAGCCGCCUGUGAGUGCUUUGAAAUGAAACCACACAUUUGUUUAGAACUAUAAAGGAACUUACUUCUGACAGUUCUUUUUGGCCUUUUUAUUUAUUUUAUUUUUUUAUUCCACAAGCAAGACUGAGACGCCUGUGAGUGCUUUCAGAUGGGGGAAGGUCCCAAACCACAAAUAUAAUUAGAAAUACAAAUGAACAUUCUUCCGUCACUUCUUUUUGUCAUUUUUUAAAAAUGUCACAAAGAAGACGGAGCCGCCUGUGAGCGCUUCGAGGUGGGGAAGGGCCCCAAAGUGCUACAAAUGAACUUUCUUUACUUGCUUCUUUUUGUUGUUUUUUCAAUGUCAAAAACAAGACUGAGCCGUCUGGGAGGGCCCCAAACCAUAAAUAUGGUAAAACUAUAAAUGAACCUUCUUUUCACGCUUGUUUUUGUUAUUUUUAUUUUUAAAUGUCACAAACAAGACUGAGCCAUCUGUGGUGCUUUCAGAUGGGGAAGGGUCCCAAACCACAAAUGCCGUAUGUUUAGAAAUACAAAUCAACCUUCCAUCACUAAUUUUUGUCAUUUUUAAAUAAAUGCCACAAACAAGACGGGGCAGCAUGGGGGUGUUUUGAGAUGGGGAGGGGCCCUCUUAACAAAUAUUUUAAAAACUACACGUUAACAUUGUUUCGUUGUUCCCUUUUGUCAUUUUUAAAAAACGUCACAAACAAGACAGAGUCAGCUGUGAGUACUUUGAGAUGGGGAGGGGCCCUAUCGACAAAACAACAAAUGAACUUUCUUUCAUUGCUUCUUUUUGUCAUUUAAAAAAUAAAUGUAUGUUUCCAUACUACAAAUUUGUACAACUACUACAAAUGAACUUUCAUUGUUUUUGUUUUUUUUAAAUGUCACAAGCAAGUCGGAGCUGCCUGUGAGUGCUUUCAAAUGGGGGAGGGACCCUAUCAACAAACGUGUUAAAAAGCGCAAGUUAACUUUCUUUUAUUGCUCCUUUUUGUCAUUUUUUAAAAAUGUCACAAACAAGAUGGAGCCCCCUGUGAGAGCUUUGAGAUGGCGGUGGGGCCCAAUCAAAAAAUAUGUUUAUAAGUGAACUUUCUUCUGUUGUUUUGUUUGUGUGUUUUCUUAAUGUCACAAACAAGACGGAGCCACGAGCGAGCGCUUAGAAAUGGGAGGGGCCCAAACCCCAAAUAUGUUUAGAAUGACAAAUGAACGUUCCUGUGUCGCUUCUUUUUGUGUCAAAACACAAACAAGACGGAGCAGGCCGCCACAAAUGAAUUACUGUAUUCAUUCUUCCGUAACGGUACGGCGUGCACCAGUAGGGGGCGGAGCUAGACUGAAAGGUCAAAAGACGUCUUUCGGCUACCUUGCACUGAACGAGCAGCGCCGUGAGCACGUUGGCGCGCGGGGCCGCCUCCUCCUCGUCCUCCAGAGACUCCUCCCUCUCCUCAGCGGAGGAGUCGGCGGUGCUCUCGCUCCUCUCCUCGCCGUCGCCGCGCCCGUCCUCGUCCUCGUCCUUGGUGUCGGCCAGCGGCGAGCGCACUCGGGCGCCCGGGUCACGCGCCUCGCCUCGCAGCCGCGUGAUGUUGCCCUCGAGGAGGCGCCGCUGGACGAUGCUGUGAGGUUGCUAGCGGGGAAGACAACAAUAUUCAUUUUUAUUUUUUAUUUCAUUUAGUUGAUUUCAUUCCUCGUUUUAAUGUCAUUUUUUCCUCUUUACCUCCACCAAGGCAGAUGGUUGGCCUCGGUGGAGGUCUACCAUCUAUGCCAUGCUGACGUCAUCAGCCGCUAGGCUACUUACGCUACCUUAAAUCCCCAGUUUUGCUCGAGGAUGCUAAAAUGUAGCGCUACACGAUUCCUGAACAGAGCGCGACUGAAAAGGAGGCGGAUUUCAUGAACCGCUGAGCAAGUGUCACAGCGCCAGAAGGAAAUAUGGCGACAGACAUAAAUAAAUAAGACUCCCUAGAGGCAGCGUGACGGAUGGACUCAUGUCCUCUCAUGUCCUCUCAUGUCCUCUCAUGUCUGGCGUGGAAGCUAAUCGCUAAACAACAAAGGCACUGCUCACCCACUCAGUGCCAAACACCAGCUUUUUGUUUUUUACUUUUAUUUUUUUAAAGCUACAAACAGCAGUUUGCUGUUACACAGUUAUUAGUAUUUUUCAAUUCAAUUUAAUUAAAUUUAAAAAUGUCAUCAAGUUCAUUAUUUUGUUGUAAUUUAUUAUUUUUAUUUGAUUUUAGUUAUGUGAUUUAUUUUUAAUGACUAUUUUUUGUGUAAGAUCAUUAAUAUAAUUACAUUAAUUAUUAUUGAUUAUGUUGCUCAUUAUUAGAAUAGAAUAAUAAUAAUUAGAAAUAAUAUCUAAUUAUUAUUUGAUAUUGUGAAAAAUAAUUAAUAAUUUUAAUUGAUAUUAUAAUGAAUCAUUGAAAACACUAUUUUAUUUUCAAGCUGGCAGCAGCUGCUGCUAUUACAGUGGUUUUUGUAUUCAGUUGAGUUUAGUUUAGAAUUGUUAUCAAGUUUGGGUUUGUUUGAUUUAAUUUUUUUCAUUUCUCUUUAAAUGACUUGUUUUAUUUUUUUUAAAUGAUUUCAAAUAAUAAAAUACAUAUUCAAAUUAAUUAUUUUUAAUUUUAUAAAACUAUUUUUUCAGUAAAAAAAAAUGAAAACAGUGUUUCCCACACAUUGGCAGCCUGCCACCAGUACGUUUGGACCGCCACGAAUGCCUCAUGGCUGAAUUAUACCAAUUAUAACCCCCCCAGACUGCAGUCCUGUGGGAAACACUGUAAGUACCAGCUAGUCAAAUGCUAGCCAACAGUAAGCUAGCCUUUUUGUUAUAGUUGAUAUUCUCGCUUGUGUAGCAAGCUAGCCACAUGCUAGCUAGCCACAGGUCAAACAUUCUGCGUACAAAGCAUGUGACAGUUUAAGCAGGAGUUUACGAUCAACGUUCUACUUUUAUUUCCCUUCUCUCGUGGUGUUGCGGGGGAAGCAGAGAAAUGGGCACAAAUCCAAUUUAUCUACACAAUUGAAUAUCAGCCGUCUCUGGGCCUUCUCUGUCCGCAAAUGACGUUAGCGAGCCGGCGGCCAGCACGGUUGCGUGGCACAGCGUCGUUUUGAAGCCUCCUGCUCGGCCGCGGCAGGAAGUCAGCAGAGCGCCAAAGCGCUGGUUUAGAAAGGUCACAUGACUGGCUGGAAAGUGACGCGGUGGAGUAAUUAGCGCGUUGGCAUGCAAUUAGCUUCUAAUCGACCGAGAGGGAGAAAGAAGUGGAGCCUGUAGUGUGCACUUAAAUGUGUGUUAUCUAGCAAGUGUGUGUGUUUAUUUUGCAAUUUAUUCACCUUUCAGCGUCUUCAUGGCGCUGGAAGGCUGCAAAGUGCUGUGCGGGUGGGCCUAAUGGAGUGUCCCCUGAGCAGGUUUGGACCGGUUUAUCUUUGGAACUUGUCUCGCUCUUUAGUCUGCCUUCAACCUCCCGCUUGUGUUGUUUUUCUACACUAUUUUUAGCCUCCUGCCUUCCCCCCCAAACACGCACGCACACGCACACACCUAAUUCAUGCAUGGCUUGCGUUCAACCGCUUCCACCAAUCACAUGACUGAUCCCGCCCACCGCCUCCUUCAUGGGUGACUGACGCUUUUCACGCGUCUGCUUGUUUGAAAUAACGAGCGUUAUUGAAAUCUCACUCAAUAAUUCUACAGCUCCGUUGUUUACUUGUAAUUUUAAUCAAGCCUUGUGGAUUGUUUACUUUUGAUGAAAACUGACCAAAAUCUAUACAUGGAUCAUUUUUUAGAUUUGGUAGAAGUAAUAUUUGUAUAUUAUAUUGUUUAAAAUACAAAUAUGUACAUUUAAAAUCAUU